AUGACGAGCUCUUUGCCCGUGACGCCCAUGCCGGGCGGGAAGCGGGGCAUGGUCAGCAGCCAGCAGCUGACCAGCAGCACGCCCAUGCCCCUGCUGCGGUCCGAGACGUUCGUCUGCGACGAGGAGGAGGAGAAGAACCUCAAUCGGACACGAGUGGAGAGCACACGGCUCUCCAGUCUGGGAUUCGGUCAAACUUUGGGCCUGGAUUCGCCUGGAGAUGCCAAUGCCACGCAGGUCCUGGCCCGAGAUGCCACGCGAAUCCUCAAGGAUGCGCCCAAAACAAUGCUGGAUCAGGCCCAUCAGGUGAUGAAGGGUUUCAGCACCAAGAUGAGCUCCUUGGGCUCCCCCAUAGCGCCGCCCAUAGAUGCCACCCAGACGAUUGUGUCGCCGACUCUUUCCCCAGGAUUUGGCGUAACGAUGCAUGUGAUGACUGACGAUUUGGUGGCAGCCAAUGCCACCCACACAGUCAACGCCUCCUCCCAGAUGCUGGGCAGGACUAUGCCGGUGAUCCAGGACUCCAAGGACUCCACCGGAAUGGGAAAUCUCACCAAAACGAUCGAUUCCCCGGGAGAUGUCACCAAGUUUAUUGCCAAUGGAGGAAAUCUAACGCAGAGCAUCGACCAGUUGCCGCUGCUGGAGCACAUGUCCAUGCCAUCGGGAUUGGAUGCGGUGGUGGCCGCCAGUGACAAGGGCAGGGGCAAUGGCAGAGGCAAGGGCAGAUCAGAGACCGAGCUGGACGACACGCUGGACGUGACGCUGACGCCUCUGGCGCCGGACAAGACCAACAUGAAGCUGCCACUGAACUCCACGCUGAACACGGAGCGCCUGCUGGAUCUCAGUGGGCUCCAGUCGCCGGCCCGACACAUCCAAUUGUUGAAUCUGACGCGGGAAUUCAUGGAGGCCACGCCGCACAGGCAUGCCACGCAGACGGGACGCCGCUCCAUGGGCCACGGACACACGCUGCUGUGCCUCUCGCCCCAGUCGGCGGCGACCACGCCGCACGGGCUGCGUCUGGGCAUGGGCCAGCAGACGCCACAGCCGGUGCACCUGCUGUCGCCGCUGCUGAAGCAGGCGCAGAGCGAAAUGGUGCUGCCGACGCGUACGCCCGAUGCGGAUACCGUCCUCGAGCGGCACGGGACGCUGGAGAACACCCUGACGUCGUCCCAGAGCCGCACGCGCUACAGCUUUAGCCUGGAUCUGCCCGACUCCACGCUGGACUGCUCCUUCGAGCUGGUGGACAACUCGUUCUCCUCCUCGCAGCAGCAGUUGCAGCAGCUGCAGCAGCAGCUCCUCAAGAAGCAGAGCUCCUUCGAAAUGGACGAGAGCCUGGGCAUCCUCACGCCCGACCAAAUGAAGGACUUCCUCGACUCGCCGCAACACAACAAUCUCAUCCACAACAUGGAGCUGCAGCUGGCCGCAGGCGGUCACCGGCUGCACCAUCCCAACAUGCAGCAGUUGCGCAUGGAGCAGACCCCCUCCCCGGAGGAGCUGCCCCUCGAUCCCGUCGAGAUCAAAACGGAGAUUGUGAAGCAGGUGGAGGCCUGCCCCCAGCCGCCAGCCGGCCAGGUGUCGUGCCCCACCUCGGGGCAGUCGAAGCUGAGCAACAGCUUCAUCACGAGCGUCACGAGUGUCACCAGCCUGGACACGGGCUACCAGGGCGAUGGGGAAAUGUCCCGUCCAGCCUCGCGCGGCGCCUCCGAUCACUCGCCCAGCAACGGCCCGCAUUUGGGGCGCGUGAGCCGCCAGCCCAGCUUUCCGCCACCCAUCCCAGCGGCAGCUGCAGCUCCGGCAGCGCCCAUGCGGCGUCAGGACCCCAUGACGGACUCCGACUUCUUCACCGAAUCCGAUGCGGACGAUGUGCUCCAGCGGGGCGAUCGACGGGCCCAGGUGAUCGACGGACAGCUGUACGGACCCACCAUGCAGCCGAGUGCCUCCGUGCCACAGAUGGAGGACUCCUGCAUGGAGUCCUCGGGGAUUUUCACUGAUGUGGAGAAUCGUUGCGACGAGGAGAUGCGCCAGCCAGAGCUGGAGGUGGAUCCCGAACCGGAUCCGGAUGUGGAUAUGUCGCCGGAUGACUCCACGCAAACAAUGCGCAAGGCGGGAGCAGGAGGGGGAGUUCAAGGCCAGCAAACGCAACAGCAGCAGCAGCAGCAGCGACCCCCCAGCAGCUGUCUCUCUUCCUCGUCGGCGGCCACAACGCUCUCGAAUCGAACCUCGUACUGCAGCGUCGAUGGGGGGAGCACGAAGAGCUUUGCCGACGAAGCUUUCGCGCCGACGGCGGCGAGUGCCGGCGGCAGCGACUGCUGCCGAUCGUCGCUGGCGCUUUCAGUUCAGCCGACAGCGUCGCCGCGUCCACACGCCUCACUGUCGUCGCUCUGCACCGUCGAGACCUAUCGCGGCUCCGUGUCCGCCUCCUCCAGUUCGUCGAUCGCGUCGCCCAAGUCGUGCAAAGCCCUCCUGACCACAACAAAAGCCGCAAGAUCCACCACCAGCCCAUCGACGGGCACCCCCCCUCGCAGCUCCAAGUCGCCGCGCAGCUCCAAAUCGCAUACGCCCAAUAAAUGGGAUGCCGUUAUGAAUAAGAUCGCCAGCAACAAGCCGUUGAUCAAAACCAACUACAAUGAUGUGAAAUCGAAAGUGUCCAGCACCCGCGCCGCCGCCAUGGCUGGGCAGGGCCAGAACUCUGCCCCUGGCUCUGGCUCUGGCUCCACUCCCGCUCAGGGCUCCUCGAACUCUGUGUCCAAGGCCACCACGCCCAGUCCGCGGGGCAGUCCCAGUGUCAGUGCCAGGCGUUCGCCCUCGACCACCCCCAAGGUAGUCGCGCCACGCCACCAGCCCCUCGUUGUCAAGAGGAGCAGCAACAGCAGCAACUCCACCUCGAAGACGGCGGCCACACCAUCACCGCCACCGUCAACGCGGCAGCCACAGGAUAAAGGCUCAGUUGGCAACGGCGCUGCUGGUGUCGGCACACGGUCUAGCUCCAAGUCCCCCACGUCACCCACAUCGCCGCCGACCAAGAGAUUGCAGUCGACGCUUAUCAAUCGGUAA